AUGCACCCUCAGACUGGACUAGAUUUAGAUUCUUCAGAUGUAAUGCGAGGACUCUACGGGGUGGACACACAGCAACGUCAUCUCGCCCAAGAUUUAAUCACGUUGGACAAGUUCCUGGCUACGAAUACAAUGCGAUUAGGAAUGGGAGACAUGCUGUGCUUGGCGGUUACUCUGGUUUCAUCCGUGAUCCAGCUUGGGAAAACACCUUGGCUAGUAGAACCAUGGAGCCGGCACAAUAUUGUCUUUCUGCGUCUUAAGGGCGAUGGAAACUCUCAAAUAGAUGCCAAGCACCCGUACUUGGUCUACAAGUACGAGACAGCUCAGGCGGGGCCACCACCCCAGAAUUCUGACAGCUCCAUGAUACUCUGCAGUCGUCAAAGUAUGCUCUCUCUUGGUGUCAUGCUUCUAGAGAUUCACUGUGGAACUCCUCUGGAGGAUAUGACGAAGCAAACCGAUUUGGGCCGCGAUGGCUUACCAAAUGAAGAAACAAGCUAUACCACUGCAUCAAGGGUACUUGAGGAACGAAUUAACGAUGGUCAGGUAUCCUUUGGUUUUAAAACAGCCAUUGAGUACUGCCUUCACUUUUCUAGGCAGCCGGACGCGUCCUUUGAGAAUGCGGAAUUCGUGCGGUCGAUAGAGGAACAGGUAUUGGAACCCUUGGAGCGCGAGACGCAACGGUUUCUCUUUGGGUAA